AUGGAGAUCGACCCCUACGCCGUUCUAGAAGUCGACAAAAGCGCUACCCCAAUAGAUAUCAAGAGGGCAUACAAGAAACUCUCCUUGAAACACCACCCGGAUAAGGUGCAACAGAAGGGAGGCGAAUUGGACGCAACCCUAUUCCCCAAAAUCCAGUUUGCGUACUCGAUUCUCUCAGAUGCAUCCAAAAGACAGCGCUACGAUGCCACAGGAUCUCUCGGUCUAGCUGGAGAUGACGAUGCAGACGGAUUUUUCGACUGGAAGGAGUAUUUCCAGUCAAUGACAGACAAAUUGACCAUAGACAUGAUCGAGGAGGAUCGCGCCAAGUACCAGGGCUCGGAGGAAGAGCGCGAGGACAUUUUGCAUAACUUCGCGUAUUAUGAGGGUGACUUCCUUCGACUCUUUGAGGUUGUGCCUCAUCUAGAGUUUGACGAAGCACAAGAAGCGCGGGCAUUUGAAAUAAUCGAAAAUGGCAUCGCAGAGGGUGCGCUUGAACUUGACAAGAAUAUGCGUAAAACAUGGGACAAAUAUAAGAAGUCACGCAAGACGAAGGUCAAGCAGCAGUUGAAAAAGAUGGCCAAGGAAGCACAGGAGGCAGAGAAAUUAUCCCGCAAACUUGGCCAGAAGAGAGCGUCGAGUGAAAACGACUUGCGUGCCAUGAUUCAGCGUAAGAAUGCCAAGGGUCUCGACAAUCUUAUAUCUAAUCUUGAGGCCAAGUAUGGUGGGAAGAAGCGGGACGUGCCUGAUGACGAGGAGUUUGCUAAGAUCCAGGAGAAGAUGAUGAAGAAAAAGAGACGGGCUUAG